UUUUUUUUAAACUCAUUCAGAAACAACACGGAACUUGAAACACUUUAACUGUUCUGGAAAUAAAAUUAAACCAAAACUUAUAGAAGUAAUAAGCCAAAUAUUACUCAAAUUUCAAGUUCGUACGAUUAGUGUUUGCCAUGGCUUCUUUUAAGUGUAUUUUAAUGAUAAUGAUAGUUCUGAUCUGCGGAUGUUCGGCAAAGGAGUACAACAUCUUCUGUCAAUAUGAUUUGGCCUCCUACUAUUUCAAAGAACGUAGUCAGUUCUUUGACUGGAACUUGGACUCCAGGCUUUGCACUCACCUGGUCAUUGGUUCUGGCAUGGGUGUUGAUGAAGAUACCGGCGAAUUGAAGAUCACUGACAAACAUCUGCUCUUGGAGAAAGACAUGUUGAACAGCGUUAAAAAUAUGAAGACUGAUAGCAUAAGGAAGGUGUUGUUCACCGCCGGUGGAUGGCAGGAGGAGUCCAGGGGUUUCUCCAGGAUGGUGGCCUCGUCUUCUAGUCGGAACAACUUCUGCACCUCGAUGAUAGCGUUCAUGAACCAGUGGGGAUUCGAUGGCGUCCAGAUAGAUUGGCGCUAUCCCACGCAGCGCGGCGGUCAGUCGGAUGAUCACAAGAACUUUGUGCUCUUGCUGGAGGAGCUGGGAUUAAUCUUUCGGGAGCACAAGUUUAUACUAAUGGUGGCUGUGCUUGGGCGAACGGACAAAGGGACCCUGGAGAGUUACAACAUCCCGCAGAUAGUGAAGAACUCCGACUUUGUCCAUCUGAUGCUGCACGAUGAACGGGAUCCGUACCGCCUGCGUCUGGCCUACAAUGCUCCGCUCCGUGGGAAUGAAUAUAGCAUAACCGAUGCCAUAGAACAUUGGAUAGGGCACGGAAAGGCGCCGGAGAAACUCAUCUUGGGCAUCCCACUGUUUGUGCGUUCCUACACCAUGGAUAACAACCGGGCAGCGGUGGGAUCCCCCUGCAAAGGGCCCGGCAAAAAGACCAAGUUGUCCCGCCGGGCUGGCUUUAUGACCUACAACGAAUGGUGCGUGCAAGAGUCCAAUUGGACGAGGAAGUUCGAUCCGGUGGCCAAGGUGCCCUACGCCACGAGGGGAGAUCAGUGGGUGAGCUAUGAGAACCCACAAAGCAUCUGGGCCAAGAUGCACCUGCUGCAGAAGCACAAAUUGGGCGGCGCUAUGGCCUGGACAGUCGAUGUGGAUGACUUUCGUGGAGCUUGUGGAGAGCGUCAUGGCUUACUUCGUGUAAUCUUCUCGGCCCUCGGCGACAAGAAUGCCCUCACAACCGAAAAGCCCACCACUGAGGUCAGUGGGCUAUGUCCGCAGGAUGGAUUCUGGCGCGAUGGCUGGGACUGUCGGUUCUACUACGAGUGUCGCAACGGAGACAGGAUCUACUACGAGUGCCCCGAGGGUCAGUACUUCGACGAAGUCCAGUUGAUCUGCCGACCGGCCGCUGAGGUCAAGUGUGACAAGGAAUUUGUAAUCUGGCGACGGGGUAUGCCCGUUUACAACUUCAAGAACAUGCCGCUGAACCUCAAGAUAGUUGACUAGAUCCCAUAAAUACAGAUAACUCGAUUGGGGAAACAAA